AUGUGGAAGUCUGUAGUGGGGCAUGAUGUGUCUGUGACUUUGGAGACCCAGGGAGAUGACUGGGACACAGACCCUGACUUUGUGAAUGACAUCUCUGAGAAGGAGCAACGGUGGGGAGCCAAGACCAUUGAGGGUUCCGGACGCACAGAACACAUCAACAUCCACCAGCUGAGGAACAAAGUAUCAGAGGAGCAUGAUGUUCUCAAGAAGAAAGAGAUGGAAUCAGGGCCCAAGGCAUCUCACGGCUACGGAGGCCGGUUCGGGGUAGAAAGAGACCGCAUGGACAAGAGUGCCGUGGGUCAUGAGUACGUUGCUGAGGUGGGGAAGCACUCUUCUCAGACUGAUGCUGCCAGAGGCUUUGGGGGCAAGUACGGCGUUGAGAGAGAUAGGGCGGACAAGUCAGCAGUUGGCUUUGAUUACAAAGGAGAAGUGGAGAAGCACACGUCUCAGAAAGAUUACUCCCGUGGCUUCGGUGGCCGUUAUGGGGUGGAGAGUGAUAAAAAAGACAAGGCAGCCUUGGGGUAUGACUACAAGGGAGAAACGGAGAAACAUGAGUCCCAGACAGACUAUGCCAAGGGCUUUGGUGGCCAGUAUGGGAUCCAGAAGGACCGAGUUGAUAAGAGCGCCAUGGGCUUCAAUGAAAUGGAGGCUCCAACCACAGCUUAUAAGAAGACAACACCCACAGAGGCUGUGUCUAGUGGCGCUCGUGGCCUGAAGGCAAAAUUUGAAUCCAUGGCUGAGGAGAAAAAGAAGCAGGAGGAAGAGGAGAAGGCAAAGCAGAUGGCCAGGAAGCAACAAGAGCGGAAAGCUGUGGUGAAGAUGAACCGUGAGGCCCCAAAGCCAGAGGUGCCUGGGGACGAGCCGGUGGUGCCAGACCCACUGCCCAAGAAAAUCUCCUCAGAGGCCUGGCCCCCUGCGGGGACCUGUCCAUCUUCAGAGCCAGAGCCUGGGAGACCCAGCAGGAGCCUCCCAGUGCCCUCCCUGCCACUGAGGCACAAUCCUCUGCAGGAUGAGGAGGCGCCAGCUCUGCCCCCCAGGACCCCGGAAGGCCUCCAAGUGGAGGAAGAGCCAGUCUAUGAGGCAGAGCCUGUGCCUGAGCCCAAGCUUGAACCAGAGCCCGAAUCUGAGAAUGAAUAUGAGGAUGUUGCAGACAUGGCUGGUCAGGACGACGAUGCAAUCGGGGACUACGAGGAUGUGGACAACAUAAACGAGCAGGAUGAUGGGCAGGGGGAUUAUGAAGAUGUGCUUGAGCCUGAGAAUCCCCCUUUUCCUUCUGGCCCUGCUGGACUAUCAGGCCACCUGGCUGGGGCGAAGGGGAUCUCAGCUGUCGCCCUGUAUGAUUACCGAGGAGAGGGAAGUGAUGAGAUUUCCUUUGAUCCAGACGACAUCAUCAGUGAUAUUGAGAUGGUGGAUGAGGGCUGGUGGCGAGGAAGUUGCCACGGCCAGUUUGGACUCUUCCCUGCAAAUUACGUCAAGCUCCUCGAGUGA